UCUGGAAAACUGAUUGAAAAAAUACUGUACCAUUUAAAUCCCAGCCUCUCUCGAAGUCUUAACGCUAAAUCAAUCAUUCUACACUAUGAAUACAUGUAGUGUUGUCUUCAUCAAAUAACUUUUAAAUCAUAGUGUUACAGUCAAUCGUCUCAAAAUCUCUCUUCCUCCACACGACUGACACGGUGUGCAACUUCCUCAUUCACUGUCAGUAUUAGACGUGUCUUCAGAGCACGCUUCUGAAACAAGAACAAGACCGACUGCCAAAACACAAACACCUACAGAGACGAAGCUGAACCGUCUGUAUCAUCUUUCCUUGAUGAAGUAACUCGGCUGUGACUUGGUGUGGAGGUUUUCUUGGUCCGGAUUUCUUGUGAGGCUGAGUUGGACGGAGGUGAUCAGCUAGAAACGCUGCUUUGACUCCGCUGCCAGCAUGCUCCGGCAGUCUCUGAGCAUCCUGAAGCAGUUUGGCUCUGCAGCAAAGUCACAAGAUGCCACCGAACUUCUACAUGAAGAUCUGGUCCUGGUGGAGCAGCGGGUGGAGCCGGCCAAGAAGGCAGCUCAGGUCCUUCACAAGAAGCUGCAAAGCUGCAUGCAGAGUCAGUCUGGACUGGAGGCUGAAAAACGAAUGAAAAAGCUCCCUCUGAUGCUGCUGUCCAUCAGCAUGGCAGAGAGCCUCAAAGACUUUGACGCUGGCUCCUCUAUCAGGAGGGUGUUGGAGAUGUGCUGUUUCAUGGAGAAGAUGCUAGCGAGCAUGCUAGCAGACUUUGAGAUGAAAGUGGAGAAGGACGUUCUGGAGCCACUCAACAAAUUGAGCGAGGAGGAUUUGCCAGAAAUUCUGAAGAACAAGAAACAGUUCGCAAAGCUUCACACUGACUGGAACAACGCAAGAAUCAGGAGUCAAGCCAGCACUGGUGCCCAGGCCAAGCAGGAUGGACUCAGGGAGGAAGUGGAGGAAGCUUGGAGGAGGUUGGAGAGCAUUAAGGACCAGUACUCUGCAGAUCUGUACCACUUUGCAACUAAAGAGGAAGACUACGCUAACUACUUCAUCUGUCUUCUCGAGCUGCAAGCAGAAUACCACAAACAUUCCCAUGAGUUUUUGGAAAAAAACAUCAGCGAGCUCAAGGAAAACCACAGUCAAAAAGGGUCGGCCCUUAGCCUCAACAACCAGAACGUCUACGGGGAACCUCUGCUCUCCCAUCUGUCUCUGAGUGAGAGAGAAAUCGCUGCACCCAUUCAGGAGUGUAUUCACAUGCUGCUGAGAACAGGCAUGAGGGAGGAGGGUCUGUUCCGUCUGGCAGCAGCAGCAUCAGUGGUGAAGAGGCUGAAAAGUUGUUUGGAUCAAGAGAACGUUGACCACAGCGAGUUCAGCAUGGACCCUCACGCUGUAGCAGGAGCUUUGAAGUGUUACCUGCGAGAACUACCUGAACCUCUUAUGACAUCUGAACUCUACAAUGACUGGUUUAAAGCAGCAGGGGAAAAAGACCUGACAGAGAAACUGGAGCAAUUCAGAGUCCUACUGAAGAAACUACCAACAGAAAACUACAACAAUCUCAGGUACCUGGUCCAGUUCCUGUCUCUGUUAUCUGAGCACCAGGCCGUAAACAAGAUGACACCCAGUAACAUCGCCAUCGUCCUGGGGCCAAACCUACUCUGGCCACAAGUUGAAGGAGAAGCUGCUCUGUUUGACAUGGCGUCAGCUUCAUCAGUCCAAGUGGUGACCGUCAUCGAGCCUCUUAUUCAGUACAGCUCCAGUCUUUUCCCUGAAGCUGUAUCCUUUGAGGUCCCAGAAGUUCCAGGAGUACCAGAUGUGACGCUGCCAGCUCCCGUUGCUCAGACUCUGUCCUCGGAAAAGGAGAAAUUGAGCAGAACAGUCUCCUCCUCUUCGUCUACAGCUUCCUCCUGCUCCACAUAUCACCUCCCUCUCUCAAAGUCAAACAGCUCAGCCUCUCAGGACAGCGGCAUUUUCUGCCUGGUGAAAUCUGGCUCUGUGAGUCGCGGUGGCACCUCCACCUGGUCCAGCCCUGCAGCUGAGACACCGGCCUCAAGUCAUCCAAACGCAACAUCCAGCAGCUCACCACUGUUUAAUGCCAGCCCUGUUGUUUUCCCAAACACUUUUGAUGCCUGUAGCUCCACAGCAAACCUUCCUAAAGCUUCAGGAGCUGCACCAAACCCAGGUCAGGUCAGGAGUCCUACACAGAGGCAGAGCUCAGAUCAAGGCCAGCUGGAUCCAAUUUUAGAGGCACCGCCUCAUUCUCCAAGAGCCAGUGUAAAGAUCACCUCACCAUAUAAACCAAAAAGAUCUUUCAACAUGAACAAACCCCUCCAGCCAAACGAGCAGUUGACAGUUCAUUACUCUAAACCCAGAGUGCCGGCACCUGCGCCUCCCAGCACAGCCCCAGUCGCUGCAGAGACAAGGACCCAGCCGCCGACGCCAGCACCCAGAGGUCAGAACCUCAGCCUCAAAAAGCCUCCUCAGAAAAAGCCUGGACUGAAAGCCCCGAACUGCCCGCCACCCCUUCCUCCGCCAUCACAGGCGAAAGGGGUUCCCUCGAUAGUACAGUGAGAAAUAUGACGCAAAUGAUGUUACCUUUGGUAAAAGUGUUAAUCAUACUAUGUUUCCAAUGGCUACAGGGGCUACAAGUGUAACACAGCAAGUUUCUGAUGAUGAGGGAAUGCUAGCUCUGAACAGGAAGGAGACCCAAUGAUCAUUGUGGGCAGCAUCAAAAUACUAUUUAACAGAGGCCCUGAGCAGACAUGCAUCCAUACCUUUUAUUUAUUCAAUGUUCCCGGUAUAUCGAGUUAUCCAUCCAGUCCUGACUUUCAUCGAGAUAAAGCCUCCAUUUUCUUGUUUAGGAUUAGGAUACUUGAAAAAAACAUGCCAGCAGAGGGCUGGAUUCAGCCUGAAUUUAAGUAGGAAAAUAAAGUAGAAAUAAAACAAGGUAGAUGAUAUUCUAAAACAUCUUUAAAAUAUUUAUUUUGUAGGGCGCCGGAAGCCUAGUGGUUAGUGUGCACCCCAUGUACGUAGGCUGUAGUCCUCCAGGCGGGCGGCCUGGGCUCUAAUCCAACCUGUGGCUCCUUUCCUGCAUGUCAUUCCCCACUCUCUCUCUAGCCACAUUUCCACUGUCCUAACUCUAAAUAAAAGCAUAAAAACCCCAUAUAACCCCAUAUAAUGUACUCUAUAUAUAUAUAUAUAUAUAUAUAUAUAUAUAUAUACACACAGAGAGAGAGAUUGCAUUAGAAGGCUGUUGUGAUUCAGUUACAAAGUAUAUGAGGUAAAUAUUAGUGUAUGAAAGAAUGAAUGGAAGAUUUGGUACAUAUAAAAUAUAGCAUCAACUAGCAUCUUUAUCAAACACUGAUUAAUGACUCAGUGGAAGCAGCUGUGAGGCUCUUUCUGUUUGUGUGGAUUUCGGGCCCCCUGUGUACAAAUAUGCAUCGUGAAGUCCCCUUGGGAGUCAGGAUUUGGUAAUCCUUAAAAGUCUGUACCAGGGCGCUGGAUAGCCUAACGGUUAUGACGCCAUCCCCAUGUACAGAGGCUUUAGUCCUCAUUGCAGCGGCUGUGGUUUCGAAUCUGACCUCGAUCAUUUGCUGCACGUCAUCAUCCCCCACACUCUCCUCCCAACAUUUCCCCGUCUCUUUUCAGCUGUCCUUUCUAAUAAAGCCAAAAAGGUCCCACAAAUAACUUUAACCUAUCCAGUUUUUCUUUGAACAACGGGCAUAAAAGUGAGCUGGAUUACCUGAUCCUUGCUAGAAACAAAGCGGACAACCAAAUCUGGAUGAAUUUAAUCUGUGUUCAACCUUAAAUAUGACGGAUGAUAAAUUGAGAUUUUGAGAAAACAACCAAGAAGUUGCUUGUAUUCAAAGGAGAAUAUGUAUAUAUGUAUAGAUGAAUGCCUGCUUUGGCCUAUAUUAGUGUUAUGGUACUGCUCCCUACUCUGGAGUUACCUCUAAAUAAACAAGGUUUUAUAGCCUGCUAGGUUACAGGAAUCGUAAAGUUUGAUACUUUUCUGGAUAUCUGUUUGAAUUGAGGUGUUGCAGCUUGGUCAGGUUAUGGUGUACCAAUAUUUCUGUAACCACUAUUAUUUAUUUAUUCUUUGGUACUGAUGUCUGAUGUAUUUCAUAGAAUGCAAAGGUGAUGUCAGAGAAAUCAAACUUUCUGGAUUUAAAAGAUACAUAAUAAAUGAAUCCAACCAUCCAUAA